CAUCCACUGGUUGAGGCGCUGGGUCCGUCUUCUUUCCUUUUCUCUUUCUUUGCCCAGACUGCCUUCAUUGCUCUUCUGCAUGUCUGAAAACAACCUCUUUCACUUUGCACAAGUCGUUUCAGAGAUGCCAGCCCAGCCCCAUGCCAAUCCAGAUCUUCCCCACGCCGAAACCACACGCCCUGCAGCCAGGAUAAGACAGAACGCCUGCAUCAUAUGCAAUUUAUGCUUCACUUGUGGACAGGUUGAGGUAUGGUGAAAUGUGUCAGUGUGAAGAAUCAAAGCCCAGGCGAGGGAAAAAUCUUCCCAAAGGCUACCUGGACUCCAGAGCCAAAAAACUCGAUCGCAGCGAUAAAGAGGAUUAUGAGUUUACUAUAAUGUGGUUAAGGGAUAAUGCUCAUGCUUGUUACCAUGAUGGUUCUGGUGAUGUUCCAGAGGCCCACUUGUUGGCUGAGGUUGCACUUUGUAAAGCUCACAGUAGCACACUGUAUCGAGCUAAGAAGAAACACCUUGUCGACAUCAAAGAUGAAGCGCCACCCUCGCCAACUGACUCAACCAGUGUAGAAACGCCUCCACCUGGAUCGCUGACCUACGAACAAGUUGAGCAACCACACCAGUUCACUCAGGGUGUCAUCCAUGCCAGUAUGCCACCCAACGAUCCAUAUUAUUCCCGCAAGUCACUGCAAAAUCCUGUGUUCAGGGAGGGCGGUCUGGCCGACAGAGUGAGACGAAUGGCUCCACAAAAUUAUACUGCAGAACCCCUACCCGCCCCUUCCAUCAAACCUACCGCCUCGGUUUCACUAAAGAGAAAAAGAGCAAAGCAAUCUGUUGCCGACGAUGAGCCUUAUCCUCGAAAAACGACUUCCACGCCGCUCAAACAUGGUGCUCAAAAAGCUGCCCCACGAAAUAAUACUGUCCGUUUUGUUGAUCCUCCCACCUCAAUGGCAUCCGAUAGUAUUCGACAGCCUCAUCUGUCCCACUCAAACACUCAAUUACCACCUUUAAAACCAAGAAGAGGAGCACAUAACCAUACGUCAUCGCUAUCGUCACUAUCGGCCAUCAUGCAACAACAGCUGCACUUGCAGCCAACAUCUAUAUCACAUGCAGGUAAUACGCCAUACGGUGGUAGUAGCUACUCUUAUCAACAACACCCUGGAGCAUGUAUAGUCGAAACAGUGACCCUCAAAAGUCUACCCCAAUUUUCACAUGAUCCAAGGAGGAACAAUCCAACUUACCUUGUGCGCAACCUGGCCAUCAGCGACACCUUCACGUUCAGAGAUAUCUUGGAAGAAAUCGAGAUGAAUGCUCCUCCUCCACCUGGCAAACGAAUCAUUAUUUCCGACUCAAGUAAUGAAAUUGUCUUUCCUAUGGAUUUGCCCAUUCGAAGCGUCAUACGGGACCCUGUAGAACCACAUGUUGAAUUGUGUCUAGGGUUAGCCGACGUUCCAUCUGUAGAUUGGAACAACUAAACGACUUCACCUCACUUCCCCUUUUUUUUACACUAUCCUCAUGGGUGUUCUGAUCAAUAUGCUGGAUAUACCAUCAGAGCCUACAGAGUCAACUUUUUCCUCGCACUCAAACCGAUCCCUGUGGUUUUUUUCUUCCCUUUGUUGUAAUUAUUUGCUCAAUCUCCUUUUAUAACACGCAACUGCUCUCACAGUAUUGAGCAUCGUAUAUAAUAAGCACCUUUCUAUCUUGUA